AUGAGGUGCUCCCUGCAGGCAGUCGUGCUCUGGGGAAAGAAGGCCCCUUCCCACAGCAUCACUGCCAUCAUGAUUACCGAUGACCAGGCAACAAUUGUGACUGGAAGUCAAGAGGGUCAGCUCUGUCUCUGGAGUCUCUCACCUGAGCUAAAGAUUUCAGCAAAAGAACUUCUGUUUGGUCAUUCAGCUUCAGUAACAUGUUUGGCAAGAGCGAGAGACUUCUCUAAACAGCCCUAUGUUGUUAGUGCUGCUGAAAAUGGGGAGAUGUGUAUUUGGAAUGUCACCAACGGACAGUGCGUGGAGAAGGCCACACUUCCUUACAGGCACACUGCAAUCUGUUAUUACCACUGCUCCUUCCGGAUGACAGGAGAAGGCUGGCUUCUGUGCUGCGGAGAAUAUCAAGACAUUCUUAUAAUUGACGCCAAAACCUUGGCUCUUGUUCACACUUUCACAUCAUCUCAGUCUCCUGAUUGGAUCAACUGCAUGUGCAUUGUUCACUCCGUGAGAAUUCAAGAAGAUUCUCUCUUGGUGGUGUCAGUAGCUGGAGAACUUAAAGUGUGGGAUCUCUCUUCAUCUAUCAGCAACAUUCAGGAAAAGCAAGAUGUCUAUGAAAAAGAAUCCAAAUUUCUUGACUCCUUGAACUGCCGAACAAUACGAUUUUGCACAUAUACGGAGAGACUUCUAUUGGUGGUAUUUUCUAGAUGUUGGAAGGUUUAUGAUUAUUGUGAUUUUUCCCUUCUGCGGUCUGAGGCCAGUAGAAGUGGGCAGUUCUUUGCUGGUGGAGAGGUGCUUGCUGCUCACAGAAUCAUCAUCUGGACAGAAGAUGGUCACAGUUACAUCUAUCAGCUGCUGAACAGUGGGCUUUCAAAAAGCACAUACCCUGCUGAUGGAAGAGUGCUUAAAGAGACCAUUUAUCCUCAUUUACUGUGCUCUACUUCUGUGCAGGAAAAUAAGAGCCUUCCCUUUGUUAUGGGCUAUAUGAAUGAAAGGAAAGAGCCUUUUUAUAAGGUACUUUUCUCUGGAGAAGUCUCAGGAAGAAUUACUUUGUGGCACAUCCCUGAUGUCCCUGUAUCCAAGUUUGAUGGUUCUCCUAGAGAGAUACCAAUAACUACCACGUGGACCCUUCAAGAUAAUUUUGAUAAGCAUCAUAUCAUGUCACAAAGUAUUAUUGACUACUUCUCUGGGUUUAAAGAUGGAACUGGAACUGUGGUAGUCACUUCAUCAGAGUAUGUUCCAAGUCUUGAUAAACUAGUAUGUGGCUGUGAAGAUGGGACAAUUUUCAUUACACAGGCUUUGAAUGCUGCCAAAGCAGGACUUCUAGAAGGCGGUUCUUUAUUAAAAGAUUCCCUUCCUUACAAAGUCCUCAAAGGCCAUCACCAAAGCGUUACUUCAUUACUUUACCCACAUGGUCUCUCUUCAAAAUUAGACCAAAGUUGGCUGGUAUCCGGGGAUAGGGACUCAUGUGUCAUCAUGUGGGAUAUCUUUACUGAAGAAAUUUUGCAUAAAUUCUUUUUGGAAGCUGGUCCAGUAACAAGUCUUUUGAUGUCACCAGAGAACAUCAGACUAAAAAGUAAUCAAGUAAUUUUCUGUGUGUGCGGUGACCAUUCCGUGGCUCUCCUUCACCUUGAGGAGAAGAGGUUUCUCUUUUGUGCCCGGAAGCACCUUUUUCCUGUGAAGAUAAUAAAAUGGCACCCUGUUGAGAAUUUUUUAAUUGUUGGAUGUGCAGAUGACUCUGUUUACAUCUGGGAGACUGAAACAGGCACUUUGGAAAGACAUGAGACAGGAGAGAGAGCAAGAAUUAUUCUUAACUGUUGUGAUGAUUCACAGUUUCUAAAGCCUGAUUCUGUGCUUUCAAUUGCCUCAGAGACACAUAAGCACAAAAGUGUAGAACAGAGAUCCUCCAGCUUCUACCAGUUUGGGCCAAUGCCUUGCCCUGGUCUGCAGGUGGAGUCCUCAUGUAAGGUAACUGAUGCCAAAUCUCUCUCAGGUCCUUUUAAAGUCCUGUCUGUGAAGACAAAAUGGAGUAACAUUGGCUUUCAUAUCCUUCUAUUUGACUUGGAAAAUCUUGUUGAACUCCUGCUGUCGACUCCAAUCUGUGAUAGUGACCCUUCCAGUUCAUUUUAUGGUAGUGAGAUCCUGAGAAGAGCCAAAAGUACAGUAGAGAAGAAAACAUUGACAUUGAAAAGAAAUAAAACUGCCUGUGGUCCCCUCUCAGCAGAGGCACAAGGCAAGCCUGUUAGUGAAACCCCAGCCCAAGGAGAAAAUUCCAUCACAGUUUUAGAAGAAAAUGAUGGCAUUAAAAGGCAGAAGAAAAUGAAGAGCUCCAAAAAGAUGCACCCUACGCCAUCAAGAAAAUUUGAUGCUAACCUCAUAAUUGAUGCAGCCAAAUUGCUCCUAUCUUGCCUCUUGCCAUGGGGAGUAGAUAAGGAAUUGGAUAAUCUCUGCAUUAAGCAUCUCAAUAUUUUGAAGCUUCAGGGUCCAGUUUCUUUAGGGCUUGCAUCAAAUGAAGAUCACUUCUCACUGAUGCUGCCAGGUUGGGAUUUAUGCAAUACGGAAAUGAAAAAAGACUAUUCAAAAGGAAAUUUAUUUUCCAGGAAAGUUUUGGACUUGUCAGAUAAAUAUACAUCCACUCUUUCAAAUCAAGCCGGGAUGCCAAGAGGACUGGAACAUAGUUGUGAUUCUUUGCAUGAGUCAAACACUAUAAUUUAUUUAUUGAGAAGACUAUUUUUAGUUAACAAAUUAGUUAACAUGCCUGUAGAAUUGGAAUAUGGAAUUGAUGGCUCUUUCAAAAUGGAAUCUGUGCAAAACAAAGUGAAAAGUCCUGGGAGUGAUAUUUUACAUAUUUCAAGCUUCUACAGUUACUUACGAAAUGGUAAGCCUGAAUCCCACAUGCCUGAAGCUGACGUUUCACUUUUGAAACUAAUUUCCUGUUGGAGAGACCAGUCUGUGCAGGUAACUGAAGCAAUACAAGCUGUUCUUUUGGCGGAAAUUCAACUGCACAUGAAGACCUUGAGAAAGACACCAAGCAGCAGUCCACCAGGGUCCAUGAGUGAGAACGGUAACUAUCAGGUAAUGCAGAUGCGGCCAAAGACGGACUGGACUGAGGAGCUGGAGUUACAGUGCAUUCCAGAUAAUUUGCCACUGCAAACUUCAGCCAGUCUGGUCAAGCAUGACAGCAACUCAAACUCGGCAAACUUCCAAGACACUGAGGACAUGCCUGACAGAUGUGUCGUGAAAGACUCUGAGAGUCCAGGUGAGCCAAGGCAUCAUUCGUGGAUAGCAAAGAUGUGCUUCUGCAAGCUGUGCUAA